AGUUCCCCCCAUGGACAGGGAAGUCCCCAAAAACAGAAACCUUUCUUUCGGUCUGCUACUAUAAUCUUCAUCCACACUCAUGGAUUUUGCUUCUACUGCACUAGCAUUAAGUUUAGUGUUAGUUUUAGCUGUAGGUGUGGCUAGACACCAUGGCAGAAGAUUGCGUGACAAGAACAAGAGAUACCAUCCUGUGGUCGGAACUGUCGUGCACCAAGUUAUCUACUUCCCUAGGAUUCACCAUUACAUGACUGAGCUUGCGUGCAAGUACAAAACUUACAGGAUAUUCGACUUGUUCCAAGGAGCGAUUUACACAGCAGAUCCUGCAAAUGUGGAAUAUGUGCUCAAAACAAACUUCUGUAAUUAUGGCAAGGGUUCGUAUACAUACAGCAUUAUUUCAGAUGUGGUGGGCGAUGGGAUAUUUUCAGUGGAUGGGCAAAAAUGGCAGCAUCAGAGGAAGAUGAUGAGUGCCGAAUUCUCAACAAAAGUAGUGAGAGAUUUCAGCGCUGCAGUUUCCAAAACCAAUGCAGUUAAACUUGCUGGCAUAAUUUAUGAAGCUGCAACCAGCAACCAAGCAAUAGAGAUCCAAGAUUUGUUUAUGAAAGCAACCUUAGACUCAACCAUCAAGAUUCUACUAGGUAUCGAACUAGACAGCAUGAGUGGAACAGAUGAAGAAGGUAAUCGGUUUUCUCAUGCUUUUGAAUCGCAGCAAGAAGCUGCCCUGUAUCGGAUAUUUGAUAAGUUGUGGAAGAUCAAACGCUUCUUAAACAUCGGUAAGGAAGCAGAGCUAAAAAAAAAUAUCGAAGUGGUUGAUCAAUUUGUGUAUAAAUUAAUCAAUAGCAAGAUUGAAAGUAUCAAGAAUCCAGAAAAUAACCUAUCUCUGAAUAAGAAAAGAGACUUGGUGUCAAGGCGUUUGGAAUUGAAAGAUACUGAUCCAAAGUACCUGAGAGACAUAGUCCUCUGUGUUACUGUGGCCGGACAAGACACGACAGCUACCUCUCUUUCAUGGUUUGUUUAUAUGAUGUGCAAGCACCCUCACAUACAAGAAAAGAUUGCAAUGGAAGUUAGAGAAGUAACCAAUUUGAUGAGAGAUAAUUCAAGUGUUGAUGAGCUUGAACCAAGCCUUACUGAUGAGGCCCUUAACAAAAUGCAAUAUCUCCAUGCAGCUUUGACUGAAACAUUAAGACUCUAUCCUGUAGUUCCAAUGAACAUAAGGAUGUGUUUUUCUGAUGAUACCUGGCCGGAUGGAUUUAGUGUCAAUAAGGGGGACAUGGUGAUCUACCUGCCGUAUGCAAUGGGAAGGAUGACAUCUAUAUGGGGAGAUGAUGCAGAAGAGUUUCGACCAGAGAGAUGGCUGGAUGAAAAUGGCAUUUUCCAUGAUGAAAGCCCCUGCAAAUUCAUAGCCUUCAGUGCCGGUCCAAGAAUUUGUCUAGGAAAGGAACAUGCCUAUAUGCAGAUGAAGAUCUUAUCUGCUGUGCUUUUAGGCAGUUAUGUAUUCAAGCUAGCAGAUGAGAAAAAAACUGUCAGUUACAAGACCAUGGUCACCUUACCAAUAGAUGGAGGUCUCUAUGUGAAUGCCUCCCCAAGAGUAUAAGCAUGCAAGGGCCAUAGCUUUAAUAUUGCAUCAUUGGUCUUUCUAUGUAAAUUCAUUUACCUAGUAGUGUUUGUGCGCCUUAUGUUAAAGUGAGCUGCUUCAUUCGACAAGUCUACUGCGUCAAUGUAGUUGCAGUGCUUGA